AUGGAGACUAUCAAGAGAACCUUUGCGCAAUGCAAGGAAGAAAAUCGCCCUGCCUUUGUAACCUUUGUUACAGCUGGCUAUCCUAGUGUUGAAGAGGCUGUAGAUAUUAUAUUGGGAUUGGAAGCUGGUGGUGCAGAUAUUAUUGAGCUUGGUAUUCCUUUCACGGAUCCCUUCGCGGAUGGUCCUACAAUUCAAAGCGCAAACACUCAAGCGCUUGCGAACAAUGUCACAAUCGAGACAACCCUGGGAUUGGUAAAGCAGGCUCGGAAAAGAGGGCUUAAAGCACCCCUGCUGUUGAUGGGUUACUACAAUCCACUACUGAGCUAUGGCGAGGAGCGACUGUUAAAUGACUGUCGUGAGGCGGGUGUCAACGGCUUCAUUGUCGUGGACCUUCCCCCACACGAGGCCGUUAAAUUCAGAAAUUUCUGUGCGAAGGGCGGACUAUCAUACGUCCCUCUUAUCGCUCCUUCCACUACUGAGACCCGACUCAAACUACUCUGUAAGCUCGCGGACUCGUUUGUCUACGUUGUAUCACGCAUGGGCGUCACCGGUGCCACUGGUACUCUAAGUACCGGCCUACCCGAACUAUUGGCUCGAAUCAAACAAUACUCGGGCGAUGUUCCGGCCGCAGUUGGUUUCGGUGUCAGUACAAGGGAGCACUUCCUGAGUGUAGCCAGCAUAGCGGAUGGCGUUGUUAUCGGCAGUCAAAUUAUCACAACCCUAUCUAAGGCCGCCCCUGGGGAGCGGGCCAAAGCUGCCGAACAAUACUGCACUGAGAUAUGUGGAAGAAGAAAUUUGCCAGAGGAUCGAAAGACUCAAGUUAUUGAGACAGUGAAUGGCGCCGAUGAGCCAAAUGCAGCCAACAGUGCCGUGCAAGCUAAUGGUGCCGUGUACACAAAUGGAGCCCACACCAAUGGAACUCAUACUAACGGAGCUUAUACCAAUGGAGCCCAUACCAACGGUGCCGCGCAUACCAAUGGUGCCGUCCAGACAAAUGGCAACCAUUCAGGACUUCCUGAUGAGAUAAAGGUAGAGAAAGGUGAGGGAGAAGACCCAGAACUCUUCCCUGCACGUUUCGGUGAGUUCGGAGGCUCGUAUGCCCCCGAAUCACUCAUGAGAUGUCUCUCAGAGCUGGAGGCCGGCUUUGAGAAAGUCCGGAAUGAUCCCGACUUCUGGGCAGAGUUUCGAUCCUACUACCCUUAUCUAGGAAGGCCUGGGCAUCUCCAUGUCGCAGAUCGCCUUACUGAACAUGUCGGUGGAGCCACUAUUUGGUUGAAGCGUGAGGACUUGAACCAUACUGGAAGUCAUAAGAUCAAUAGCGCUUUGGCGCAGAUCCUUCUGGCUCGCCGCUUGGGUAAGACUGAGAUUAUUGCUCAGACCGGUGCGGGUAUGCAUGGUGUAGCAACUGCCACUGUCUGUGCGAAAUUCAACAUGAAGUGCACUAUCUUCAUGGGCGCAGAAGACGUUAGAAGACAGGCCCUGAACGUGUUCAGGAUCAAAUUGCUUGGUGCCGAGGUCGUCCCAGUUGAGGCAGGCUCGAAAACUCUCAGAGACGCUGUGAAUGAAAGUUUCCGAGUUUGGAUCACCAAGGUCGACACAGCCUUUCACAUUAUCGGUUCAGCAAUUGGUCCACAUCCCUUCCCUACGAUUGUGCGCACUUUCCAGACCAUUAUUGGAGAAGAGACGAAGACACAAAUGCUGGAGCAGCGGAACAAACUGCCAGAUGCGGUUGUUGCUUGCAUCGGUGGGGGCAGUAAUGCUCUGGGAAUGUUUUAUCCGUUCAUUGAGCAACACAGUGUGAAGCUUCUGGGAGUGGAAGCUGGGGGUGACGGCCUUGACUCGAAGAGGCAUGCCGCUACUCUAACCGGUGGCACCAAGGGAGUCUUGCAUGGGAGUAGGACGUAUGUCUUGCAGGAUCAGCACGGACAGAUCCAGGACACCCAUUCCAUCUCAGCUGGUCUGGACUAUGCUGGCGUUGGGCCAGAACUCAGUUCCUGGAAAGAUUCAGGCCGCGCACAGUUCGUUGCCGUUACUGAUGCUCAAGCCCUCGCCGGGUUCAAGCUGCUCGGUGAGCUGGAGGGGAUCACUCCCGCGCUAGAAAGUGCCCAUGCCGUCUGGGGCGCAAUGGAGCUGGCCAAGACAAUGAGGAAAGACCAAGAUGUUGUUAUCUGUCUCAGUGGAAGAGGUGACAAGGAUGUGGAAAGUGUGGCGGAGGAACUUCCCAGACUUGGACCCCAAAUCGGGUACCAAAGAAGCCUCGUUCAGCGUCCGAUACUGACGCAGAGUCUUACCACGGCUUGUCUGUUUGCCGUGGGUGAUGGCCUCGCUCAGCAGGGAGUAGAAAAGAAAGGUCUCGCCCGCCAUGACAUGACACGCACUGCGCGCAUGGCAUUUUAUGGAGGAGCGGUAUUUGGCCCAGUCGCCACUAAAUGGUUCCAGUUCCUUCAAAAUAGAAUCCAGCUUUCCACUGUCCCCAGAACGCUAGCUGCCCGAGUCGCCGCCGACCAGCUGCUCUGUGCGCCCACGAUGAUCGGUGUCUUCUUGUCCAGCAUGUCGAUAAUGGAAGGAGUUGAUCCCAAGGACAAACUACAGCGCACGUACUGGGAAGCACUGCGAGCCAACUGGACUAUUUGGCCUGUUUUGCAAGGCUUGAACUUGUCGCUUGUCCCGCUGCAGUAUCGAGUCCUGAGUGUGAAUGUAUUUAAUAUCGGUUGGAAUUGCUUUUUGAGCUUCUUGAAUAGCGCGGAUGAUGUUGAACAACCGCCCGUUGUUUAG